AUGAACAAUUUCAGGCAUUCCAUCCCACUUUACCCCUGUACAUUUCUUGAUAUUCCCAAAAAGCCUUCCAUUGCCUUCGCCAAGAAGAGAAAUUCUCAGCCAAAGUCCGAGCCGAUUCUCGAACCUUCCAUUAUCGAAGACGUCUCCAUGAAUGAGGAUGAAGAUAUGGAAGAUGAUCCUUUUCUUGAGGAUGAGGAGCUUGUAGAUGAUGAUGGUUAUUUUGAGGAUGAGUAUUUUGCAGAAGAGGCCGAAUCUUUUGUUGGGGAUGGAGCUGGAGGAGGUGGACUAUCUCUCGCUGGUACAGCAUGGGAUAGAAAAGCUUAUGAAAUUGCUGAAGAAGUUGCUCUAUCUUUCGAUGGAGAACUAAGUAUAUAUGCCUUCAAGACGCUGCUAAAUGCCACUAUUCAAGUUCGUAUUGAAAGACUUACAAAUAAGUCUGGUUCUCCCAGUAUGACGGAUAUUGAAGCUUUCUCCGCAACAUAUAGAGCACGGCUUGAUGAAGCUGAGGCUGCUGGAUCUAUUCCCGAGAACAUAUCUCUUGAGGUGUCUUCUCCUGGCGUUGAAAGAAUUGUUCGGAUUCCCCAAGAUCUAGAACGUUUUAGGGAUCGUAACAUGUAUGUGAAAUAUGUCACUGAAGUAGUGGAGACUGGUUUAUCAUCUGAGCAUGACGGAGUCUUCAGGCUCAUAUCGUUUGAUUCGGAGGCUAAUAGUUGCACGUGGGGAUUAGCAGAUGUAAGGGUAAAUAGAGAAAAGGCCGGGAAGGGAAGGCCACUUAGCAAAAAGCAGCGAGAGUGGCGAAUAAACACGCCGUUUGAUUCCCUGCAUUUAGUUCGAUUGUAUUCUGAGUUUUAA